AUGGGAGCAAUCUCAGCUCUACAACAACAAGUUCAAGCGUUACAAGUCGAGCUCACGGCCAUACGAUCAGAGAUUCUCAAGUACAAGCAACGAGAAGCGGUCGCUACUUUGAUCGCACCUUCCAACUCCCAUGUCGCCGCCGGGUUUCAUAACUCCGCCGGCGUCUCCGUCAUUGCACCACCACCACAAACACCGUCAACUCCGCCGCAACCUUCGGCGGCUCAUCCCCCUCCGCCUCCUCCGUCUUCUUGUGUUUUCUCUCAACCAACAUACGGAGACAUUGAAAAUGAGCACAACUCCUACUUCGGUUGA